CUGACUGCCACUUCACUUCACCUUGGCAAGAGCCAACACACCCGCCCGAAGCAGUAAAGUCAAGAGCGAGAUGGGAAGCGACACGUAAAGCCUGUUUGACAAGAGUUCGUCGGAAAUCCCAGCAGUGACGCCCAGCUGAGUCAAACACAAAACCGCGCUGGGGGCAGAAUAUCUGCUUUAAAUGAAUGGCGCCUUUCAUCGGCAUCUCCACAAGCGGCUCGUCGUCAGGGAUGCGGGACUCGCGAACAGCGGAGGAUCAGCGCGCCUGAAGCGGGAAUCACAGAGAGCUGUCCAGGGUCCUGAAGACGCGCCGCGCCAUGGGUAUACGCCACUUUCUGCUGCUGCUCAUUUAUCUGGACCCUCUCAACGUGUUUGGCACACUGACCGCCAAACGAGCCAAACCUGCUCUCAAAAGGACUCAGAAGCCGAAGGAACUGAACGGCACCACAGUCGCGCCUUCCGCGUCCACGCAGCGGAUCACGCAGGUCCGUCCGGCGCUCACGCACGAAACCUGCCUGGGCUACUACGACGUGAGCGGCCAGUUCGACAAGGAGUUCGAGUGCAACAACACCGACCACCGCUACUGCUGCGGCUCGUGCUACUUGCGAUUCUGUUGCCAGUUUAAAGGCAACCGGUUGGACCAGAGAACAUGCAAGAACUACCACAAGCCUGACUGGGUGAAAACUGUGCCCCCGUCUCCUGUUCCAACAGGUGACACUUACGAUCCGAGCAUGGACCAAACGAACACCGCGGUCUACAUCACCUGCGGUGUCAUUGCGUUUAUUAUAGUCCUUGGGGUUUCCACUAAAGUCGCGUAUGACAAAGCAACCCAACCACCUCAGGAAAUGAACAUUCACAGAGCCCUAGCAGAUAUUCUUAGACAACAAGGACCCAUUCCUAUAUCUCAAUACGACUGUGAGAACUUUGCGGCGAUGAACAGCUCAUCCAAAGAUAACACUCCGCAGCGUGCGGGCUCCAAAAAUCACUACACCCCAGUCCACAGCUCCAAAUCCAAUCACGGAGCACAUUACUCGAAGGAGAGCACUCGAGGCGGCGGCCAUGACCUUCACAACUUCAUAUCGUCUGGCUUUGUGACGCUUGGCCGGAGCCACGUAAAAGGGGAGAAGCACUGGCCGGUUCGGUCUCAGAGUCAUCAUGGAGCCCAUCAACAUAAUUACAACCAUCUUGGUCUCAGUAGCCCAACACGAACACCUAAAAAUGCUCACAGAUCUCUAAGGCAUGAGAGCACCCGGAUGAACAGUAUCCUCACCUCACAGACCGAGCCAUACGAUCUGUCCUUCUCGCGCUCCUUCCAGAGCCUCUCCCACCUCCCCCCGUCCUACGAAUCUGCCGUGAAAGCUGACCUCAACAAAUACUCCUCGCUCAAGAGACUAACGGAUAAGGACGUUGACGACUACUACAGCAGAAAGAGGCAUCUUCCAGACCUAGCGGCACGAGGAACUCUUCCCUUGCACAUGAUCAAGAUGAACCAGGAGUCCCAGGGCAGCCAGCAACAGCAGGCCCAGCAACAACAACAGCAGCAGCAGCAAGCGCCCCGCCAGCGUCCCCGCAGAGUUCAGAGGGCCAUGUCCCAGGACCGUGUGCUGUCCCCCGAGCGCAGCCACGCAAACGACUAUCCCGUGUCCCCCUACGGCAUCUCCCCGUACGGCGGACGCAUCCUCUCCGAUGAGCAGCUCCUGUCGGCUGAGCGCCUGCGUUCCCACGAGCGGCUCAUCUCGCAGGACCGCCUGCACUCACAGGACCGCCACUACUCCCAGGACCGCAUCCACAUGCAGGACCGCUUGAUGUCGCAGGAGCGCCUUCACUCUCAGGAACGCCUGCAUUCCCAGGACCGCCUCUACUCCCAAGACCGCCUCUACUCGCAGGAUCCGCUGAUCUCUCCCGACAAGUUGAUGUCCAUCAAGCGCUCCGGGUUCCACAGCGACAAGUCCAUGUCCAGAGCCAUAUCCCACACGGACGUGUUCAUGCCCACCACGCCCCUCCUGGAUCGCUAUAAGAUGACAAAAAUGCACUCCCAUCCCAGUGCCUCGAACAACACCCCCCCGCAGAACACUGCGACCAUGAACCAGACGGCCUCCAAGAGGCAGGCCUUCGCCUCGCGCCGCACGCAGACGGUGGAGCAGCUGCACUACGUCCCGCAGCAGCAGCAGCAGCAGCAGCAGCAUCACCAUCACUACCGCACAGGGAGCAAGACCGAAGUGACUGUUUAACUGCUCGCAAACUCUCGGACGGUUGAGCCACAAGCCCAAGCAACAACAGAAGCGCAAAAGAGACAGUCUAGACUCGGAUCCGGGCCUUUCCAGCAGUUCUACAGAGACUGACCCAGCACCAGCUAGUCUAGAGUCAAUACUGAGACAUUUCUGUGUGCAUAUCCAUUCAUUUACCAUGUGUUUGUUGUUGACCACUAAUAAGGAAGGACUUACAGAUUCUGCGUUCGUAAGGGCUUUGCAUGGGGACUCGCAGAGAUCGUCAGAAGAAAGAACGUACGUUAAAAGGUAUGGACAUGGAACAGAGCUGUAUAAAUUUAUAUAUACAUACAUAUAUAUAUAUAUAUAUAUAAAUACAAAUACUGUUUGUACUUCCGGUCCUAGUCAAUAGCUUUAGACGUUCUUAUGAUGUUCACGCACUUCUUUUGGUGCCUCUACGAAAGCGCUCCAUUUCAACAACGAAGUGGUUUUGUGGGUUAAAAAGCACAAUCAAGUAAAAGUUGAGUUUCGUUCUGUUCUUUCGUUCGGUUGGUGAUGGCUAGCACAUAUCAGUUUUUUUCUCUUUAGUUAAUUGCCAUUGAUUAUUUUGCGAAGAUGAUUGUAAAUAAGCUCUUUUAGCCACAGUAAACGGACAAGUCUGUUCUGGUUGGCAGUUGUAUUAUUGUAGUUUGAUUUUUAGAAAUUCAAGACUUCAGAACUAUAGACAACCCACUAACCCAGUGUUGGACCAUUUAAAGUAAUAUGAUACUGUAUGUGUGUCCUUUCAAAUGUGUUUGUAGAAUGGGAACCGGGCGAAUGUUGUUGGGAAAAAAAAUGACAACUGUUGAUA